GGGAACUUUAGGUGAAGUUGAAGACGGUGGAGCGAGAUUGAACACCACACAUCUCUGGUCGGUCAUUCUGAGCCAUGCCUUCUGCUGUGACAACUAUCCUCCUGAUGGGGGCGCUGAUGGUCGCCCCUGCUUAUUCUUGGACUUUUGCAGAGGUGGCUGCUCUUUGUGCCACCACCGAGCUGCAGCCAUGUGAUGCUGGGGAGUACCGCCUGAACGAUGACAGCUGCGUCAAAUUUUUAACCUCCCAGAUGAAUUUCAAGGAAGCCCAGGAAGGGUGUCAAUUAGUCGACGGUGCUGUGGUCAAAUUGACAAGCCUUGACGAGCACAAAAAGCUGGUGUGUAUGAUGUUUGCUGCUAUUCCGUUUCGACUCCACUACUGGAUUGGUGCCAAAAGAGGACCAGAUGCUUUUGAAUGGAUCCAUGGAGGUGAACCACUGGAGACUGCUCCUUGGCGUGAAGGUCAGCCUGAUAACUUCAACGGCAAUGAGAACUGCGUGUGGAUGAACUCUGGCUCUUGGGGUCCAUUCAACGACGGGCCGUGCUCCGAGUUAAGCGCUGUGCCAUGUCAGAUCGCAAAGUGAUUGUUUGCUUCUCCAAGGGCACGAGGAGCCGCGCUGUUUGUCUACUCAAGAGCACAAACACGCUUUUACUUUCAUUCCAAU